ACGCACAGAGUAUACAACACAAUUCUCUCCGCCCACCGCCCCUCCCUGAGCUCCCUCACGGCCAUCAGAGCCCACUCUGCACUCCACCCUGUUUCUCUCUCCACUUUCUCUCUCUAGGUACCAAUGGGUGCCCUUUCAAAAUCAAGAAUACCCUUAUUAGCUUCAUCGAUUGUCCUCCGAGACCUACUGAGAACCAUCAUCAUCAAAGACUCUUCUUCUUCAUUACAACUCUCGCGAUUUGUGCCAAAAACCCUAACUUUGAAUCCCAGCUCUUGCGAACCCUUCACGAGCACUCUCAAGCCCCGCCAUUACCAUGACGGGAGGCCAAGAGGAUCCCUUUGGAGGGGCAAGAAAUUGAUAGGCAAAGAAGCUAUCUUCGUGAUUUUGGGACUGAAGAGAUUCAAAGACGACGAAGAGAAACUCGAGAAAUUCAUCAAGACCCAUGUGCUGAGGCUCUUGAAGAUGGACAUGGUUGCUGUCCUCAACGAGCUCGAGCGCCAAGAGGAAGUCACUCUAGCUGUCAAGAUGUUCAAGGUGAUUCAGAAGCAAGAUUGGUAUGUGCCUGACGUAUUUCUGUACAAGGACAUGAUUAUUGCGUUAGCUAAGUGUAAAAAGAUGGAUGACGCAAUGCAAUUGUGGGAAAGUAUGAGAAAGGAAGAUUUGUUCCCUGAUUAUCAAACAUAUACGGAAGUUAUUCGGGGCUUCUUGAGGUAUGGGUCUCCUGCAGAUGCAAUGAACAUCUACGAGGACAUGAAGAAAUCGCCUGACCCACCAGAAGAGUUACCAUUUAGAAUUUUAUUGAAGGGGCUUCUGCCUCAUCCCCUCUUGAGAAACAGGGUCAAGCAAGAUUUUGAGGAGAUCUUUCCUGAUCAACAUGUUUAUGAUCCUCCUGAAGAGAUUUUUGGAUUACGCUGAGGACUUCCAAGCAUUUCUCACUUUUUUUGAAGAGCCAAGUUGUGUCUGAAGUUCUAAACCAGUUUAGACUGCAAGAGUGUUUGUGUGUCUUGUGCUAGAGAGAGAGAGACACAGAGAGAGUGCUGCCGCCUCAACUAUCUAAAUUCUUUCGACCAGCUUUUCGUCCACUUUGUGGGAUGAAUUUAUCUUUAACAUCUAUGUGUGCAUUCUUGUGUGUGCCAACAUUUAGUACUUGGGGGUAUGAGCAACCCAAGCCUUAUUUCUUUUACUUAGUGGGGUGGGGAAGGCUUCUCACAGGUCGGGCUGCUCUUUCGAGAACUGGAGAUACAUACUUGGUAGAAAUUUUAUUUUUCCAGGGAAAAGCGAGAGUUAUUUAUUUAUUUAUUUUUCCAGGGAACAUCUCCCUUUAUGAGUAUGACAAUAGAAGUGUAUUCAAGUGUGAAAUUGGGAUUGUAUGCUUUUUUUUUUUUUUUCUUUCUGUCUACAAUCCUCGUUGUCAAAGCAGUUUAUGUAAAUGGUGGAAACUUUAUUCUGUUA